UGCUGUUAUUAGUCUGUUCACAUGAGAAAAUUAGUCACAUUAAAUGGAACUAUGAACGUAUAUGCAAAAGUAUAUCAGACAUUUCCUUAAUUGUCAUCUGGCUACCCCCUCAAAUAUUUUAGGAGGUGCCACUGAAAGCAGGUUCGUCUGUUGACCCAAACAUGUUUAGACUAAUCUCUCAGCAAAAGGACAUACCAACUGUACUUUUUUACACCAAAUAUAGUAUAACAGGAGGUGACGCAUGCGCAAACAGUCUCUGCCAAGCUACCGAAAGUGAGGCUGUCUGAUGCUAUGGAUUCUCGGAUGGCAUUUAAAUUCUUUGAAUAACCAGUCUGAUGUCCAACGAACUCAACCGCACGAAUACCGGGCAUUACACGUAUAUUAUAACUACAUCCCCGCUGUUUCACUAUGCCGAGCAAUAAACUUGAAAAGCCGGAGGUGAGCGAUAACGUCAAGGUAGUGGUGCGAUGUCGUCCGCUGAACCAAAAAGAGAAGGCGAUGUGCCACAAACAGGCCGUGGCCGUGGACGAGAAUCGUGGCACCAUCACGGUCAACAAGCUGGAGACCCAACAGGAGCCGCCCAAAACAUUCACCUUUGACACAGUGUUUGGACCGGAAAGCAAACAGCUGGAUGUCUACAACCUCACAGCCCGGCCCAUUGUUGACUCUGUGCUGGCUGGAUACAAUGGCACAAUCUUUGCCUAUGGACAAACUGGGACUGGGAAGACCUUCACAAUGGAAGGCGUACGAGCAGUGCCAGAGCUACGAGGGAUUAUCCCAAACUCUUUUGCCCAUAUUUUUGGUCACAUUGCCAAAGCAGAAGGGGACACUAGGUUUUUGGUUCAUGUAUCAUACCUAGAGAUUUAUAAUGAAGAAGUACGUGACUUAUUGGCCAAGGAUCAGACACAAAGAUUGGAGGUCAAAGAAAGACCCGAUGUUGGCGUAUAUAUCAAAGAUCUUUCUGGCUAUGUGGCAAACAAUGCUGAUGACAUGGACAGGAUCAUGACUUUGGGCAACAAAAACCGUUCUGUGGGUGCCACAAAUAUGAAUGAGCACAGCUCCAGAUCCCACGCCAUCUUCACCAUCACCAUCGAGUGUAGUGAGAAGGGUGUGGAUGGAAACCAGCAUGUGCGAAUGGGAAAACUUCAUCUGGUUGAUCUUGCAGGUUCAGAAAGACAGGGUAAAACAGGGGCCACAGGCCAGCGCCUCAAGGAAGCAACAAAGAUUAAUCUGUCACUCUCUACGCUGGGUAACGUCAUCUCGGCUCUGGUGGAUGGCAAGAGCACCCAUGUGCCCUACAGGAACUCUAAACUAACCCGCCUAUUACAGGAUUCACUCGGCGGGAACUCUAAGACUUUGAUGUGUGCAAAUAUAGGCCCCGCAGACUAUAACUAUGAUGAGACCAUCAGUACCCUACGCUAUGCUAACAGGGCCAAAAACAUUAAGAACAAAGCCAGAAUCAAUGAGGACCCCAAGGAAGCUCUUCUGCGCAAGUUUCAGAAGGAGAUUGAGGAUCUGAAGAAGAAACUUGAAGAAGGUGAGGAAAUCUCUGGUUCAGAGGGCAGCGGGUCUGACGAGCUAGAUGAAGCAGAUGAAGAAGGAGGGGACGCUGGACAAGUACGCAGGCGACGAAGAGGGAAAAAAAAGGUUUCACCAGAAAAAAUGGUGGAGAUGCAGGCCAAGAUUGAAGAGGAGCGAAAGGCUUUGGAGACAAAGCUGGACAUGGAGGAAGAGGAGAGGAACAAGGCAAAAGCUGAACUGGAGAAGAGGGAGAAAGAUCUUUUGAAAGCACAGCAGGAGCAUCACCUUCUGCGUGAGAAAUUGUCAGCCUUGGAGAAGAAGGUGAUUGUAGGGGGUGUUGACCUUCUGGCGAAGGCUGAGGAGCAGGAGAAGCUUCUGGAGGAAUCGAACAGUGAGUUGGAAGAACGCCGCCAGAGGGCUGAGCACCUUCGCAAGGAGCUGGAGGUUAAAGAGCAAGAGCGUCUGGACAUUGAGGAGAAGUACACAAGUCUUCAGGAGGAGGCCCAAGGGAAGACCAAGAAACUGAAAAAAGUGUGGACCAUGCUGAUAGCUGCCAAAUCUGAGCUGGCAGAUUUGCAACAAGAGCAUCACCGAGAGAUUGAGGGCCUCCUCGAGAACAUUCGUCAACUGAGCCGGGAAUUGCGUCUCCAAAUGCUGAUCAUCGACAACUUUAUUCCUCCAGAAUACCAGGAGAUGAUUGAAAACUAUGUACACUGGAAUGAAGACAUUGGCGAGUGGCAACUGAAAUGCGUGGCCUUCACUGGCAACAAUAUGCGAAAGCAGACACCUGCUCCAGGCAAAAAAGAAAAAGAUCCGUUUGAGGUGGACCUGUCAUAUGUGUAUUUGGCCUACACUGAGGAGAGCAUGCAACAGUCACUGAUGAAACUAGAGAGGCCCAAAACCUCUAAAAGUAGCAAGAGCGGUCGGCCCAAGACUGGUCGCAGGAAAAGAUCAGCAAAAGCAGAGCUGGCCGUCGAGUCCCCUCUGCAGUGAAGACAGGGCUGUCCAAUGAAGAAGUAUUUGGUUGAAUUCACUGCUUAUCCUUAUUUAAAAGAUGAUCUGAGUACACUGUAUAUCAGAAACGGUUGUAAAUGUGACGCAGCAAUUAGCUGUUCAAAGUCUUAUUCAGUAGGAUCCCAAACUUCACAUUUAACUUUGAAAGGCCAUGCAGUCGCGUGCAGCCAGUUUAUGGAGCUCUUCUAAUGUGGCAUGGAAAUGUUUGUUCUUUUUCUGCAACAGAGUGAUUAUACAAGGACGCUUAAUGGAGUUAAGACUAUUGAAAUGGUGCUUUUUUUUUUUCAUCGAGAAAUAAUCGAAGUAAAAGGAAAUAUUAAGAUAUGAAUCUAUGUCAUGACAUGUUUUGAGGAUGUACGUGAUGCUGGAAGUCUAGACCAAUUAUGAGUUGGCAUGUAAUAGGAGAAUAAGUGUUAAAGUUAGAAAUGACAGACACACACAUUAUUUUAACACUUUCAUGCAUGAAUUGGUGACUUUUUUUUUUCCAACUAUAAAGUGUUACUUAGGGCCGUAACGAUAAAGUAUUUCUGUUUUUAUUCAAUUUGCUAGCUUUUAUUAACAUUGUAUUAACUUAUAAGUAUAUAAAAAUAAUAUUGAAAUAUAAAAAAAAUACAAUAAUGAUUAAUAAUAAAGCAAUAUGCUUAUAAAAAUUAAAAAAUAAAAAUUACCUUUUUUUCAUAAUGAGCUGUUAAACUGGUCUACAAAAUUUUGGAAAAUAUCUGUUUCAGAGAUUUAAAAAAAAAAAAAAAAGGCUAAAUCCUUCUUGCUGUUGUGACAUUAAUUGGAAAAUGAAAGGUUUUAGUGCUAGUUGGCUAAAGUAUUCAACAUACUUAAUGGUAAAGUUGAUUACGAAGAUACAUUGGUGUCAUUAUAUCAUUUCAGUUUUACAAAUUGCUACAUUUGUUAUGAAAUGGAUAUUAGUGUAUGCCGCCGCUCAUGAAAUGAGCCUACAUUAAUGCAUUUUGUCCACUUCCAAAUUACAAGGAGUUAUAUAUUAAUUACAUUUAAAACAGCAUAUUAUUUCAGAGCUCUCAUAAUUUGAAAUGGUAGACAUUUUUUGUGGUAGAUAUGUUCACCCAGAAAUUACCAUUUCCAUUUCAAUUAAUACCCAUUUUCUCAUAAAUUCCUUUGAUUUUAACAUUUCGGCCAGAUAAUGUAUCUCAAAAACUAUCACCAAUUGACACAUUUGACCUAAUUUUUCUUUUGAGUGACCUAAAUUUAGUCGUCUCACUACUUUUAUCCCUGAAGCAUUUUGCUUGUAGACCAGUGUUGACACUUAACAGGUAGGAUAGACAAGUUAACAACUCCAUAAAAUCAGUGUCAUAAGUAUGUUUGCAAAACACUAAUAAUAUGAUAAUUCUUUAAUUAUGGUUUAAUUGUGAGUCCUUUCGUACAAGUCAGAAAUGCAAUUGCAAGUACCUAGUAGUUCUAUAAUUACUCUGUCCCAGAAAAAGAAGAAUUGAAAGACCUCCAAAUGUAAGAUUGGGCAAAUACAUGAACUAUAAAAUUGGAUGUGUAUGUUCUGCUAGUUGUUUUCACAGCUUUUUCAAUUUCACUGAUUGAAAACUUAAAGCGGUCAUUUACAAUAAUGAUCCUUUCAUGUAGUUACAUUUUUUUGGAAAUUAAGGCAAAUGCUUCUACUCUGAAGAGAGUAGUAGUCGGUCAUAUUUAAGUGAAAGUGCGAUUUCUACUCUUUCAUGUAGGUCAGAAACUUGGGGAGCAUGCAUGCUAGCCAGCUCUUGUUAGUGCCACUUUUUCAUCAUUUAUUUUGAAAAGUGGCAGCUACAGUAUAUUAUCAAGAUGCACCUAUUAACUGUAUGCCUUAGUAUAAUGCACUUGAUUAAGGCUCUGUGAAGGUAAUUUUUUUUUUAUGUCACAUGCGUGUUUCAUAGUGGAGGCAAACAAGCUUUUGUUUUACUGUAUAUCAUGGUUUAUGUCGAAUGUUUACAUUCACACAGGAUGUUUUAUUUAUUAAAUUAUUUUACACACG